ACACCCCGAUAACAAUUCUAUCAACAAGAAAAACCACUGAGGACGGUCGCGUAGGUUAUUAUAACGGUUAAUUAUUUAAAUUUGUUCUACCAAUAAAGAAGGCAAUGCCAGCUAUAGUUAUCAAAGAUUAUACGUGGAGACAAACGUCAGAAUUAGUCAUUCUAAAUAUACCUUUGAGAGGUAAUCCAACCAAUGUGGACGUGUUCGUGAUCGAUAAUUACGUGAAGGUCAGUUUCCCACCCUUCAUAUUGGAACUGUUUCUCUGGUCCGAUAUCGUCGAAGAGGGAAGUAAAUGCAUUAUUACGAAUCAAGAAGCGAUUCUCUCGUUACAGAAAACGGAAGUUACCAUAGAAUGGCCCUCGCUCGAAAUAGAAAACAUAGACAAAGAUACGAAAAGAAAAUAUCGCAACCAAGCUUUAGAACGUGCACAAACGAAGGCUGAAGAGCUCGAGAAGAUUAAAAAGGAAAAGCGUCAAUAUUUGCAAAGAGAGGCGGUUAAAGAGCAGAUCAACAUAAACACGGCCACGUUGAAUAAAAUUGACGCGAUAAGAAAUGCUCAUCGGAAAGAAGCCAUGCGAGACUUGGAAGAUUGGAGGUCGAUGGCCGAGUUACCAUUUCUACCGGAAGUUGGCGGCGAGGUGCAGGAGAACAGAAAGGCUUACAAGCCGCCGCUAAAAUGGUUCCGAGACGACAGCAAUGAAUUAAAAUCUCGAGCAUUAACCGAUGAUGAAAUAUUAGGCGCCGCCAGGAUCACGGAAGUACUCGAUGACGAAAUAUCGAAGCCGGAAGAAGCGUUGAGUCAUUCAAACGAGAACAAGAACAUCGAACUGAAUAGGAAGAUCGUUGAAUUGAAUGAGGAUAAUGAAGAUAUGCACGAGCAGAAGAGGAACAAUGAGAAAAAUUAUUACGACACCACGGAUGACUCAAGCAGCUCAGAAGACUCCGUAGCGAAUGGUCAAUCUAAGCCGGACGAAUUCGUCAAAGAAAUCAGCAAGAAAAAAUUCAGCAACAAAAAGAACAAAUCGAGACCAGGGUGGGAGAGUGUGAAAGCUGCGAUAAACGGCAGGCUUGUGAAAAGAAACAGUAUAUUCGAUGAUCCGUCGAAGUCGGUUCCAUUGCCGCGAAAAAAGGGGACUAUCAACGUCACUUUCUCGGACCGGAAGUUCCCUACUCCUGCCAGGGAAAGCUCUCAUCUCGAGGAACAAGAAUGGCUAGAAAAACAAGCGGAAGCGAGACGCAAAAUAGGAUUCGACUCUGCGGACCUGCGACCGGAAGAACGCGAUCCACAGUGGCUGAAAAACAAAGGAGACGAAUUCUUUAAAGUCGGAAACUACUUGGCUGCAAUUAGUGCUUAUAGUUACGGCAUCAAGAUCAGCGAUAAGCUAACGUCACUGUUUGUGAACCGGUCGGCAGCGCAAUACGCGUUGGGGAAUUACUGCAGAUGCAUAGAAGACUGUUCAAAAGCACUGGAACUAAUGGAGCCGAAAUGCGAGAGCAACCGUGAGUCUCGAGCCAGAUGUCACGCUCGACGAGGCGCGGCUCUUUGUAAAUUGUCCUCGCCUCAGCACGGAAUUCCCGAGCUGGAAGCUGCCCUGAAAUUGGCGCCGGACAAUGACAGCAUAAAGCGCGACGUUCUAGUUGCGAAACAGUAUUUCGACCAGAAGGAUUAAGGUCCAAGACCGAUGACCGAUUGCUGUUGUCCUCUGACGGUCCUUAGCGAUCGGUCUGAACGAAGAAUAGAAUACACAACGUUAUCGAAGAAACGUUGACCGUUUAUUUAUAUAUUAAACAGAGAACAAUGUAAUACGUUAGUAAAAUAUCACAGUCGGGUGUCCUGAAAGGUGUUAUACCGAGGAACUUGUCUUACAUCUAAGUCGCCUUAUCGCCUAACUAGAACGCUACGUUUUUGUACACGAACAACAGAGACUAAUCGCAACUACUUUACAACACCAGUCCGAUCGGAUCAGUCGAACUUGAUCAGUUUCUUGUCGACGCAUCCGCACUUGGUGUGCUCCAACGCGUGUAUCACUUCAUGGUGUCUGUCUCGUUGCCGGUCGAUCGUGUGCUUCACCGUGAACACCAGACUGACGUUCCUAGUCUCGACGGGCGCGCAAAUCUGUUUCGGGUCAGGGCAACACCCGGCACCGUCGCAACGCGUCAGGACCGUCGAAGCCGGAUAGAAAACUUCGUCGGGACUUGGACCAACAGUUAGCAGCUCCUCCACUGGCACCGCUCUCGGUUGAGGCAUAGAGCACCGAAACUCGUGCACCAGUUGUACGUGGUUCAGAAAUCCACUGUCCCUGGAAAAUUUGAAAGCGGUCGUCACCUUUGCCUGUCAGAAUCACAUGACCGACGCUCGAUCUACAUUUGUAACACUUUGCCUGUCGACGAUCGCUCAUGUAACAGUUUCUUUUGCGGCUAUCAUUCGCAAGAAAAUUGUUCAACUUCUUUCAGAAGUAGCGCAGUCAUUGGGAGACCUGUUGAAUAGGCUUUCUAUCGAAGGCUUGUGUCAGCUCCGGAGAUGCAACUCUUGAAUGAAACUCGGAGAACUGGAGGACCUACUUCCGUCGAUCGUUCCGUUCACUCCGACAGAUCGUUCGCGAUUGUCCAAGACCGGCCACUGGGACUACUCUCUUCUGCGAUCUGAAUUCUUUCUCCCUCUCUCUAUAUAUACAUGUAACUUUCAUCCUCGGCCCCCUGCCUCUUCUCUUUCUCUGAUUUCUCUUUGUCUCUCCUGGGAUCUGCGCUGUGGUAUCGUUUCGUCCUGUCCUCGAGGCGAUUCGCACCGUCUCCCUCUUGGUUCCCGGUAAUUUUCUGGUGGCAAUGACAACGGCCCUACCCCCGUCAACGCCGGUUUUUGUCGCCUCGUCGAACAUCGAACACCGCCGCAGGUACUCCGAAGAGCCUUCACCUAGAACCGCCGCAUCUACUGUUGCAUCUGGAUGACUAACGCGAACGAAGCAAGGUCCGGUCGAAUACCGAAUCGUAUUCCCGGCGAAAUUUGUCACCGAUCGACCGAGAUCUCACGCUUCCCGCAGAUGGAAAGCUGAACCGUUCAUCGCUGUCCGAACCGAAUCUUUUGCAUCCGGUGCUCCAAUUUCUUCCAACGAAAGAAUCUGAUCGAACAACAAAAGAAAUUAAGAUCAAUUUACAAACUACAGCAUCGAUGUAGAUAGAGAGACUACUGUUAGUCGAGCGAGACUGCGCCCGGGCACCGCAUAGAACGCAUUCUUCCUCGAUCGACGCCGUUGUAUGAUGCGACAGGUUGCAGUGAGUCACCGCGGUGCACUCGUCUGCCCAGUGUCUGGUUGCAGCAGGGUCCGUUCACAACAUUCUUCGUCACUUUCCUUGAUUUUUUUGCAAAAGAGGUCGACGCACGCACCAUGAUUCCGAUAUCUGCCACCGGAGAAAGAGUCUUAGUCAGCAGAGAUCGUAUCGUGACGUGAAUCAACGAUUCUAGAAAUUCGGGAACACCAAAUUGCGUGAUCAUCCGUUCACGUCGAACCGGCUUUAUGGGGAACUGACUCACACCAUGGUUCAUAGUUUCGCGAAUCUAUGAACCGAACUACGUGCCGUAGGUGUGUACCCCAGACCCCAGUCGAUGACCUUGGGAGUGUCGUCAUCGCGAGCAUCGUCAUUGCCAAGUUAAAAUUCAUAAAGAUCGACGGAUUUCUAUUUCGGUCCCGGCACAUAGUUGUGCUCGUGAAAUUUCUCGUUUCAAAACAGGAUACUCGCGGCGAUCGUUGCGACACAGCAAGACUAUGACGUAGGAAUCGGAAAAGAAACUCCUUGACCGAUGGACGGAGUUUCGAUAGGUCCGCUCGAGUCCAUUGGAUUCGUCGAUUAGUAACUCCGAUUACAAGAUCGCGGACCUUUAUGCAAUAUAAAAAUGUUUUCCAUUCGGCGCAAGUAGCAGAAGUCGCUCGGAGAUCGCUGUCUUUCUUUAAUUACUUCAAUAAGCCCAAACUGUUGAUCGUUUUUUUAUAUAAAUGCAUAAAAUCCGCGGUCUACUGAUUAUUCUAACAAGUCGUUGUUGCUUCGAAAAAAUAAUAAAAGAAUUGCGAGAACAGGAAGUUUGAUCGUUCUUAUGAAACAAUUUUGUUUUUAUUUUAACAAACAUCAAUGACGCCAGUUGCAAUAUGUUGGCAAAAUUAUUUCACGAAGGACUCGAAAAUGUCCAAUGAUGGAUACAGUUCGACAUUUAUUUGUCAUUAAAAUGAACGACUUUUCUUCGGUCAUGCUACCUGAAAUUCAGUCUCCGCAAUUAUUGAAAGAGUUUUUGCGUGUAUACAAGCCGCGACGGCUAUUUAUAGAAUAUUCCUUUAUAAUUAAAUCGUGAAUCGUCGGUCUGUAGGAAAACGGCAGCAUUAAGUCCGAACGAAAUUGGAAUACGAAUUGCCUGUGGUCAAUUAUCCUGCCGCGAGGGAUAUCCCUCUGACGUCAUCGGCUACGUGUGCCAAUCAUGUCCCGUUCUUCUACCGGCGAUCUGUAAUGAAAACUGUCGCAACGACCACCUGGGAAUUCCCUGACGAAGGGCUUUACGCAAAUAUUCAAUUACAUUUGGAAAUCACAGUUGCAGAAAUAUGGGUGCGGUACGACUUUUCGAACCGUGGAAAAUCAGCAUUGAAGGUAACGAGAAAUUCGCGCGGGUUAAACAGAAUCCAACCGCCAAUGAAUCAUGGUCACCGUGACGCAAACUCACCACCGCACCAGGAAAACUUGCGACCGGCUCGGCGCAUCGGCGGGUCUCGAAAAUCUCGAUGAAAAUGAAAAAAAAAGAAGAAACAACCCGCGAAACUCUCUGUAAUCGAGACGCAAUGUCCCGCGGACGUCGUUACCGGGAUCGUUAUCGACGGGAGCCCACGAAAAUUCGUAAACAAUGCUGCGCGCGAACCACCGCGAGCGAUAAACAGGCUACAUUAAGAUUCUGUCUCAGCUUUAGCGUCGGAGUGGUGAGUUGUUCGUGUGUCGUAUCAAUAGAUGGGAAGUCGAAGUUCGAGCUUGAUAUAAGCACGUUUCGCGCCGCAUUAUCGGGAACGUUAGUCGAUCGCGACGAGGCGAGCGGGCAGAUGCUGCGAAUAAUUUCCAGCGGUAAUUUGGAAGAUCGCGGGGCGCGUGUGCUUUUUCGUUUGCGAUCGAGUCGACGAUUUAAAGGAGAGAAGCUAGACGGGCUAAACGGGCCGGAUGGGGCCUCUGUAACGGCGACGAUCGCGGUGAUGAUUUCUGUAUGACGGUCGAUGCACGCGAACGCGAAAGAUCGCGCGACAAUUGCCGUGUUCCGCCCGUAAAAUAAAUAUUUCAACCGAGA